GAACUCUCGUGAUCACGAACGUCUCCUUGAGCGGUGUACACAAGCUGUCGGAGGUCGGAAAUUCCGAAAGUUCGGAGGUUUAAGCAGCGCAAUGUCGGGAUUUCCGUUUUACACAACCUCAGAGCUACAAAUCCAGCUGUUACACUCUCAUCUGCUUCAUGACCAACUUUAAACUGCCUUAAACCACUUGAUCGGAUGAUUAUUUAAACUUUAAAUUAAGCAGUCAUUUAAGAUGGACGAACACAGCCCUCCCUCUCUGCUUGACGCGUGUUUAGCGUGUGUGUGCCAGAGCCUUGACACCCUGUGCAGUGUGUGUGAUGACGGAUCACUGCGUCUCCACUCGUGUCCGGUUCUUCCACCGGAGCUGUCCGAUCUGUUACUGAGCACCAUGACCGAUGAAGGUCUACUGAACGACAGGACUCUUGGCAUUUUUCAAAACGUCAAGUGUUUGCGCCUGAAGCGCGCCUGCAUUCGCGGCUCUCGUCUCACCGUAGCUUCCUUCCGUCGCUCGCUGUGUUCUCACCGCCUGCAGGAACUCGAUGCUUCCCAUGUUCUUGGUGAUAUCACCGUCUCAGACAUCCUCCAGGGCCUCUCAUCCAAUCAGGUUUGCCAUCAGAGCCUGCAGAAGCUGAGCGUGAGUGGCUUGGAUAGUCGCUGGGAUUUUCCAGUAAGGUUCAGGACUUUGCAGGGUCUCCGGAGUCUCUCUGUGGCGUGGAUGCCUCUGGAAGACUUGACGCUGGAGGACGUCUGCUUACUCCCGCUGCUGGAGAGCCUGGAUAUUUCUGGAACAAACGUUACAGACCUCACGCCGCUUCUGAAGCUCCGCUCGAGGCUGCGCUCACUCACUAUUCACGCACUGCACCACCUCAAAAUGGCUGUCGAUGACUUUCUCUCAGUACUGUCUGGGCUGGAGCUCCUCACGCACCUCGAUGUCUCCAACGAUCGUAUCCAACCAAGAGGAGAGAUGAUAAGGAAGCUCCUGCAGAAGACGCAGAUGCUCCCAGCGCUCAUGGCUCUGGAUGUGUCAGGGUGGAAAGGGAUCAGUGAUGAGACCUUGAAGGCUUUCCUGGAGGCACGGUCAGGGAUGAGGUUCAUCGGUCUGCUGGCCACUGGUGCUGGAAGAUCUGACUUCCUGUCUGGAGAAGGAAAUCUAAAGGUGGCUGGAGAGUGGAACAUUACACAGCUGUGUGAGGCUCUGAGGAGAUACAGGGAGAGGGAGAGCUUCCUGCAGGAGGCGCUGCGCUGUCUUUACCAAUACUUGGACAUGGCUGAUGAAUCCAGCUGGUGUCCAGACGUGUUAAAGGAGGUGUAUUUGGGAAUGAAAGCCCACAGCGAGAGUGUGAGUGUGCAGGUGUUGGGCUCAGGAUGUGUGUCUAUCCUCACCAUUCAGGAGCUGGCAGAUGGGAUGUCGCAAAACCUGCAGGGAAAAGUGAUGAGACAAAUAGUCACCACCAUGAGGAACUUUCCUGAUCAUAAACAGAUCCAGAAGUACUGCCUGCUGUCUCUGGGGAAUAGACACAUCCUGGACAGCGGUGCCUUCAACAGGUUUGAAGCAAUUAAACAGGUGGUGAUGUGUCUGAUUACUCAUGAAGAUGAAGUUCUGCAGUCACUGUGUGCAUCCCUCAUGGUCGUUUUGAUGUCUCAGUUGCGUCAGGAGGAAAUCGGGCAGCUGGGAGCUGAAGAGUUCAUCAUGAAGAAUUUGCUGCGUGUGGUGCAGCAGCAGGCAUCAAUGGGAGUGUGGAACUCUACAUUCAUGUGCACACUGACUGCUCUAUGGGGUCUCACAGAUGACACACACUCCGGCUGCACACAGUUCCUGCAGUGUGAGGGUCUGGAGCUGUACAAAGAACUGCUGGAGACAUACUACUCCAAUUCCAGUGUACUGAUGAGAAUUCUAGGCCUCCUGAAUAACGUAUCAGAGAUGGAGGAUCUGCGUGGUCAGCUGAUGGAUGAGGAUCUUCUGCAGCCUGUUCUCUUUCUGAUGGAACUCAGAGAGGUGGAAGUGAGUUAUUUCGCCGGCGGUUUCCUUGCCAACAUCACAUCCGACAACACGUGGAGCCUGGACGAGACACUGCGACACAACAUUCUCACCAAACUGCACUCUGCUGUGAUGUCAUGGACUCCUCCAGACAGUUCCAUAGUCUCAUACAGGUCACUGCGUCCGUUAUAUCCUCUCCUGCGAGUCUCUCAGCCAUCCGCAGUACAGCUCUGGGCUCUCUGGGGCAUUAAACACAUCUGCACACACAAGGUGUCCCACUACAAGACAAUGCUGGAGGACGAGGGGGGGUUGGACAUACUCCGCACGCUGACCUCUGACCCCGAUACACACAGCGAUGUACACGCUCUUGCCGUACACACACUUCAGCUCGUGGAGGGACGAAGUUUGACACACUCCUCACCUUAAAUUUGCAUUUACACUCAGUCAGUUAGACAAUUUCACGUGUAAGAGUAUAAAUAAUUACAACACGAAAAAUUUAACACUACAGAAAGCCACAAUGUGCAGUGCUGUGCUGAAUCCUGGCUGAAGAGGAAGAUCUUUAUUAACUCCACUGAUUUAAUGUCAUUGUGUAAUUUAUUGAAAUUUAUUUCUAUAUAUAUAUAGAAAUAUACAGUAUGUGGUGUCAUGUUACAUAUUACAUUUCCUAUGUUAACUCAAUUAGGCAAUCUACUUUCAAAAUAACAGCUUAAAGACUGAUUUAGUUCAGCUUUUAUUUCCUAUAAUAUAUAUACACACACACACACACACAGACACAGAGAGAGAGAGAGAGAGAGUAUGGUAGUUAUUUCCAAUAUGGAGUGUGAUUUUAUGUUUAUGUUAUAUAUAAUGUAAAAAAAAAAAAAAAAAAAUAGAUAUAGUACACUGAUACGGAUGCCCGGAUGAGACGGUAGAAUCUGAGUGGUCCAGACGACCCCAUAUAAAAAGGAAAAUAUUAAAUACACACAAUAUAUAAUAUUUUUAAAGUCUCGCAUGUAAAAGUCUUACAUCUUUAAAUGUUCAAAAGAAUAUGCAAAUUCAGUGUAUUUAAAAUAGAUCAUGAAAUAAAUCUUUAUUCGAGUCAA